CUAAAAUUUGUUUUAACUGCGCAAAAGAAUUAACUGAGUUUACUCAUAAAAUAAUAGAUCAUGAUGAAUUUUUACAUGCAGAUUAAAAUCAUAUUUUCUCAAGCUUUCCUCCUUUAGAAGAUAAAAAAAUCUAUAAAAUUAUUAAAAAUUUAAGAAUUUAAAAAGGUAAUUCUAUUUAGGAGAUGUUUGUUGAAAAAAUUAAUGAUUAUUUCAUAAAUCUGAAAAAAUAAAUAAAUCAAAAAAUAGAUUUACUUCACAAUCAAGUUAAGUAAAAACUCAUUUAAAUGGAAGAUUUAAACAAGAAUUAAGGAGACAUCUUUUUAGAUAUUUACAACGAAAUAUCAUCUAAGUUUGAUAUUUAAUAAUUAUUAAAAGAAUAAUAAAUCUAAAUAACUUAAUCAAUUAGUGAUGCUCAUGGUGUUUCAUAUGCAAAUUUUAUCUUGGAUCCAAACUAGAAAAUAUGUUAUAAUGAGAGAGGAGAUAAUAAUACAAUAACAAAGGUAGUAAAAGGAAAAGAUGUAUUUGAAGGAAAAAAAACAAAUAUCGAUAAAGAAAUAGAAGUGAGGAUCCACUUAGCAUAGAAAAUGAUCAAAGUAGCAAAUUAUCCAAAUUAUGAAAAUAUAGCAGAGUUAUAAAAUAAUUAGCUUAUUUUAGAAAACACAUAAUACAGGUUUUUUGGAAGAAAAUUUUGGCUUGGGCCGGUGUACCCAGAAUCAUAUUUUUAUGAUAGAAUGUAGAUCUUAAGAUCUAGUUAUCAAAAAUUUAUAAUCUAAGAUAAUUGA